AUGGUAACGUAUUCUGUAUUUUGAAUACAAAAGCAAUAGAAGAAAUAACGAUAAAAGUGUUGACGAUGUCUGAACCGCUUAAAAAAGUCGGGAUAUAUUUCGAUGAAGUGGAUAAAGUGAGAAUUUUAGAUCCUAAUGUUGCAAAAGAAACUAAUGAUUUAAAGGAUGAAUGCAGAGCUUAUGUGGAAAAAAUCGAUGAGUUUCAAAAGUUAUCUAAUGGAUUUAUAUCAUUGGUGGAAAAGCUAGGAGAAGAAGUUGAUAAACAAAAAAUUAAUGCAAUAGGAGCUAGAAAUGUAUUACAAACGAUGGAGAAACAUAAAGAAACAAAUCAACAACAAUUACAAGCUUUAAUUGGUGAGAAAUCAAUGGAAUUUGAAAGAUUGAAAAUUUUUCUUAAUUCUUUACAAAAAACUGAAAUGGAACAGGCUGAAAUAAUAUCUAGAUUGACGCAUACAUAGGUAUAAUUAAUAUUAUAUUUGACUAUAUCUAGGUAUAAUCUGUCUCACGUACAGAGUUCUUACUUUCAUGAUAGACGAAAAUUUGAAUAUAAUUAACAUUUUACUUCUUUUAUUAAAUUUAUUCAGUAUAUUUUUUUAAUUACAUUAAGUUCAAAACAACUUUAUUCGUAUUACUUGUAUUAUCUAAAUAAUACUGUUAAACAAUCAAAUUUUUUCGUUUCAUUUUUGCAUCGCAAUCUUUGGUACACCAAUUAUCUUAUCAUAAUUUUCCAUUCAAGUUC